AUGGAUAAACAUUCAGCAAAAUCCGCUCCCAAGAGAAUCCUCAGCAAGAUAUUCACAAACUCCAAGAAGAACAGUUCAGUCUCCCCAACAAACGAAUGGACUCCAGAAUGGAUGGCCACUAUCUCCACCUCUAAUGACGAUAGCAAUUGGUACUCGACUGCGAUGACCCACGCUACGCUUGCCAUCAUGUCCACAAACGAACAAGAAGGCACCAGACAUGUCAAGGAUCGACAUGACGAAGAAAAUGACUCUAAACCUUCCAUGCCUAGACGAUACAGUUUUUCGACUGUUCACGAUAACGGGAAACAAAGAUUAGUCGCCGCAAAGAGAGCAGAGUACCAGGCUAAAAUGCAGGCCUUUGACGAGCUCAUACAGCGAAGACGGGGCAGUACUCUGCGGAUGGCUCUUGCACCAGACGUUACUUGCUGA